AUGGUGGCCAGACAAUUUGCCGUUGUUCAGCCAAAGGCUGUCCCUAAGGGCACACCAGAAUUCGAGGAAAAGCGAAGUGCCCUACUACGGACGCUAGAAGAGUCAUUCCCAACGGAGUACUACUUGCCUUCAGAGAUCAUCAGCAAUCCUCCCAAGGAUGUCUCGAAAAUUCCUAGUACGUGUGGCCUUCUGACACCAGAAGAGCUCGAAAUCACCGAAGGAUAUGACGCUGUCGGGCUGGCAGCAGCCAUUGCUGAACGCAAGUACACCGCUGUUGCUGUGGCCAAGGCAUUCUGCAAACGCGCGGUCAUCGUCCACCAGCUCACAUGCUGCUUGACCCAAUUCUUCCAGGAAAAGGCACUCGAGCAAGCUGCCCAGCUUGACGAAUACCUGGAGAAGAAUGGCAAGACUGUCGGGCCUCUGCACGGUCUCCCGAUCAGUGUCAAAGAACACAUGGUUCUCGCCGGAACGUACUCGUCACAGGGUGAAUUCAGCACCAUCGUCAAGGACGACAAAGACAGCCAAAUGAUCAGCAUUUUCCGCAAAGCAGGUGCCAUCUUUUAUUGCAAGACCAAUCAACCACAGACAAUCAUGCAUCUCGAGACCGACUCGCACUGGGGUCGUACCCUGAACCCAUUCAACAUCGACCUCUCUGCUGGCGGGUCCACUGGUGGUGAAGCAGCACUUAUCGCCAUGAAAGGCUCAGUCCUGGGCAUUGGCACAGACAUUGGCGGUAGCGUCCGUGGACCUUCCGCUUUCUGCGGCAUCUAUGGGUUCAAGCCGACCUCAUACACCCUGCCAAUGAAGGAUUUUCUAGCCAGCCCAUUUCCAGCAGAGCUCAACAUUCUCUGCUCGACUGGCCCUAUGUGCCGCACCAUGAAAGACAUGGAGCUCUUCGUCAAAACCAUCCUCGACGCCAAGCCAUAUCUUGAAGAUCCAAGACUCAUUCCAAUUCCUUGGACCGGCCUGAAGACACCAGUCGAGAAGCUCAAGAUCGGCAUCAUUGCCAACGACGGCUUCAUCGACCCUCAACCCCCAGUAAAACGAGCCAUCGCUUGGGCGAAGAAGACCCUUUCCGACCCCAAGUACGCGGACAUCCUUGAGGUCAAGGACUUCACGCCCUACGCCGCUGCCGACGCGUGGAAGAAGAUCCGGAGAAUGUACUGGCCGGACGGUGCAACAGGACCGAUAGAAGCCAUCACCUCCAGCGGAGAGCCCAUCCACCCACUGAGCGAGUGGAUUUGGAAAGACGCCAAACCGCACGGCAUGCAGAAUGCUACCGCAGUAGCCUACAUGCGACAAGAGAGGGACAAUUUCCGAAUGGCGUUCGCGGAGAACUGGAAUGCUCAAGACGUCGAUGUGGUUAUUGGCCCUGCUUUCGUUGGUCCUGCCUCUGCACACGACACCGCGUUCUACUGGACCUAUACUUCUCUGUAUAAUUUUGUCGAUUAUCCUGGUGUUGUUUUCCCGACUCCCGUGACAACGGAGGCCGGCGAGAAAUAUGCCGACGAUUAUGAACCAUUGAGUGAGGAGUGCAAGCACGUCAAGCAGUUGUGGGAAGAGUCCAACUUUGAGGGGGCUCCGAUCGAUUUGCAGAUCAAUGCCCGGAAGUAUCAUGACAACCAAUUGUUUGGUGCGCUGGCGAAGUUAAAGGAUAUCUUGAGCUUGCCUUAG